AGCAGGUGCCCAGCUCCAAGAUCUGGCUGAGCCAGCCGCCUUCCGGACAUGCUGAGGAGCGCCCUGCUGUGCGCCGCGCUCGCGCUCGCGCUCGCGCUCGUGCGAGCCCAGCCCUUUCCCUGCCCCGGAACCUGCAAGUGCGUGGUCCGCGAUGCCGCGCAGUGCUCCGGCGGCAGCGUGGCUCACCUCGCCGAACUGGGUCUGCCCACGAACCUCACACACAUCCUGCUCUUCCGAAUGGACCGGGGCGUACUGCGGAACCACAGCUUCAGUGGCAUGACGGUGCUGCAGCGCCUGAUGCUCUCAGACAGCUACGUUUCCGCCAUCGACCCAGGCACCUUCAAUGACCUGAUAAACCUAAAAACCCUCAGGCUGACGCGCAACAGAAUCUCUCAUCUUCCACGUGCGAUCCUGGAUAAGAUGGUGCUCCUGGAACAGCUGUUCUUGGAUCACAAUGCACUAAGGGACCUUGACCAAAACCUGUUUCAGAAACUGCUUAACCUGCAGGAGCUCUGUCUGAACCAGAACCAGCUCUCCUUCCUUCCCGCUAACCUUUUCUCCAGCCUGGGGAAGCUGAAGGUGUUGGAUUUAUCGCGGAACAACCUGACCCACCUGCCCAAGGGAUUGCUGGGGGCACAAGUUAAGCUUGAGAAACUGCUGCUCUACUCAAACCAGCUCGCUUCUGUGGAUUCGGGGCUGCUGGGCAGCCUCGGCGCCCUGACAGAGCUGCGGCUGGAGCAGAAUCAGCUCCGCUCCAUCGCCCCCGGCGCCUUCGACCGCCUCGGAAACCUGAGCACCCUGACUCUGUCGGGAAACCGCCUGGGGUCUCUGCCGCCCGCGCUCUUCCUGCACGCGAGCAGCGUGACCCGGCUGACCCUGUUCGAAAACCCCCUGGAGGAGCUCCCGGAGGUGCUGUUCGGGGAGAUGGCCGGCCUCCGCGAGCUGUGGCUGAACGGCACGCAGCUGCGCACGCUGCCCGCCGCCGUCUUCCGCAACCUGAGCGGCCUGCAGACGCUGGCGGUGACGGGCAACCCGCGCCUGGGCGCGCUCCCGCGCGGCGCGUUCCGCGGGCUGCCGGAGCUGCGCGCGCUCGCGCUGCACGCCAACGCCCUGGCGGAGCUCCCGGAGGACGCGCUGCGCGACCUCGGCCGCCUGCGCCAGGUGUCGCUGCGCCACAACCGGCUGCGGGCCCUGCCCCGGGCGCUCUUCCGCAACCUCAGCAGCCUCGAGACCGUGCGGCUCGAGCACAACCAGCUGGAGACGCUGCCGGGGGACGUGUUCGCGGCCCUUCCAUGA